CCGCCGCACACGUGUGGCCGGACUAAGAUGGCGUCUCCCAUGGCGAGCCAGGCUGGGACGGCGCUGCGGGACUUGGCGUUGCUCAGAGCUUCCCUCCUUAGGAGGCGCAGCCCGGCUGUCCAAUUAGCCCCUAGACGAUGGCUAAACCUGCAGGAGUAUCAGAGUAAGAAACUGAUGGCUGAUCACGGGGUCACAGUUCAGAGAUUCUUCGUGGCUGACACAGCAAAUGAUGCUCUUGAGGCUGCUAAGAGACUAAAAGCUACAGAAAUAGUGUUAAAGGCUCAAAUCUUAGCUGGAGGAAGAGGAAAAGGUGUUUUCAGCAGUGGGUUGAAAGGAGGUGUACACCUAACCAAGGACCCAAAAGUGGUAGGGCAGCUUGCUGAACAGAUGAUUGGAUACAAUCUUACAACUAAACAAACGCCAAAGGGUGGUGUUAAAGUUAAGAAGGUUAUGGUGGCAGAAGCACUAAACAUUUCCAAGGAAACCUAUUUUGCAAUAUUAAUGGAUCGAGCUUGCAAUGGACCUGUUUUGGUUGGCAGCCCCCAAGGUGGAGUUGAUAUAGAAGAAGUGGCUGCUAAAAACCCAGAGCUCAUCUUCAAGGAGGAAAUAGAUAUCUUUUAUGGUGUGAAGGAUACUCAAGCACUACGGCUGGCAGAAAAUUUAGGAUUCAAGGGGCCUUUGCAACAGCAGGCUGCAGAUCAAAUUAAGAAGCUAUACAAUCUUUUCCUAAAAAUUGAUGCCACCCAAGUUGAAGUGAAUCCCUUUGGUGAAACGCCAGAAGGACAAGUUGUGUGCUUUGAUGCCAAAAUAAACUUUGAUGACAAUGCUGAGUUCAGACAAAAAGAGAUAUUUGCCAUGGAUGACAAAUCUGAAAAUGAACCUAUAGAAAAUGAAGCUGCCCUCUAUGAUUUAAAGUACAUUGGCCUGGAUGGAAAUAUUGCAUGUUUUGUUAAUGGCGCUGGGCUUGCUAUGGCAACCUGUGAUAUAAUUUCCCUUAAUGGUGGAAAGCCUGCCAAUUUCCUGGAUCUUGGCGGAGGUGUGAAGGAAGCGCAAGUAUAUCAAGCAUUCAGAUUGCUCACUGCAGAUCCCAAGGUUGAAGCAAUUCUGGUCAAUAUUUUUGGUGGGAUUGUCAACUGUGCCAUCAUAGCCAACGGCAUCACCAAAGCUUGCCGAGAGCUUCAACUGAAAGUGCCUCUGGUGGUCAGACUUGAAGGGACAAACGUUCAUGAAGCCCAGCGCAUUCUGAACGAAAGCGGACUCCCCAUCACCUCUGCAAGUGACCUUGAAGAUGCUGCCAAGAAAGCCGUGGCAAGCGUGGCCAAGAAAUAAUGAUGCCUCCAGUGAAGAAAUUAAUGCAGUAACUCCACAUUCCCAGAAUUGCCUCAGAAUACAUAUUUUGGAAUUAUUUCAACUAGCCGUGAAUAAGCCUAGACUUGAUCUGCCUGACAGCAACAUACAGUGUAUGAAGAAAAAAUGCCAGCAUCGAGGAACUACAUCAAAUCAAGAGGCUCUAUACUUUUCUUUCUUAUAGCGGAAGGCCUGCCAGCAGGUGCUGUGAGCAGCCAAUGUCUGUUGCCAGUCAGAUUUUUUUCUCAUGCAACGUGUCAGUUAGGGACUCCUAAUUUUUGUACAGCAUUUUGAUACAUCUUUACCGUCCUAACAGGAUAGCAACUAAUAGAUCCACCCAUUCCUGAUAAUCACGGCAAAGGUUUUAGGGACUGCACAGUUGAUUCUGUGCACCUGUGGGCAGUGGGCACCUGUGCUUUUCGAAGUGGCAGCCUUCCCCUCUCACAUGGCAAACCACUCCGAAACUGGUAGAUCCCCUAAAAGAAAUUUGCCAUGUGAUUUGGGAUCUGCCACCUGAAUUUUCAAAAGGCCAAAAUUCCAACUAGGUACUCUCCAGAGGCUUCAGUGUUCUGGAUCCUAGCUUUUUUAAAUAACAUUUCCGAUUAGAACUAAAGAAUAGGAUAUAAAGAAAAUAGCAUGUUUAUAUUUUGUUAUUUAAACCAAAUUAAUGGGAAUUGGAUUCCCACCCCUAUUAUAAAGUAUGUACUCGUUUCACACAUGCCUUAACAUUCAGUAUUUGUGCUUUGAUACCUGAAGUAUACCUCACAUUAGAAGAAAACUGAGCAAUGUAGUUUUGUGAGGCAAGAGGGUUUUGUAUCAUACCAUGAAUGAAUGGAUUCCUCGUGUGAAUAUUCUGAAGCGUGAACAGAGAAGUAACGCACACCCCAAAGUCCUAGUGCCAUGUACUGUCUAUCUACACGUGUGUCAAUUUCAUACCAGCUGUGAGCUUCCAGAAUCAACAUGCAUAGUAAUUGUUGAACUGCCAUUCAUACCAGAGGAAUUUUUGGGCGGUGACUUUUUAAAGUUUAAGCAUUUAUGCUGCUAGGCAGGCCAUGCUAGCAUGAGCUGUCAAGGGAACCUUCCAUCACUGAAAAUAAUGUGAAAAAGAUAAAACAUAAUGCUGUAAUGAAAAAUAACGCAGCAUGAUUUAGCUUAAGAUAAGCACUUUCUAAGUUCUUGUCUGGAAGUGCUGAUCACAUGCAUCAUACUCAUUUUGAAAUAAAUCAGGCUUAAGAGUUGCUUAGUUUUGCCUCGAUCAUGCCUUUGACUUGUAUAAAAGUGUGUACAAAUGGUGCAGAAGCUGUCGCGCCAUCUCUGUAACCACCUCAAUGUGCUUGGGUCACCAUGAAAGGAAUUAUGAAACUCAAACCUCCACCACUGAAUUCACUUUGUGUGAUAUCCUGUGUAUUUAUAUGGAUUUAUCCAGUUAGGAAAUUGAGAUAUACACACCAUUGCUCAACUGACAAGCUGGGCAAGCCGGGAAUUCAUGUUCUGAAAGUUUUCAACAAUAUUAAAUGCAAGUAUUAAAACGUUUGUAUUUUAAUAAGAAGUGAAUUUUAUCUAAUAAAUUUCUCAGAGUCCCACA